ACUGCGCCGUCUCCGUCAGGGCUUCUACUGGGGGCAGCACAAGAGGGAUGUGGAGGACUUUUGUCGCCGCUGUGACAACUGCACAGCGAGAAAGGGCCCCCCAGGCCGCUCUCAUGCUCAGCUCCAACAGUUCCCAGUGGGGGCUCCCAUGGAGAGGGUGGGAGUGGAUGUAGUUGGGCCGUUCCCCACCACAGACAGUGGAAACCGCUGGGUGCUCACGGCCAUGGACUAUUUCACAAAAUGGCCCGAGGCCUAUGCUCUGCCUGACCAGGAGGCAGAGACCAUCGUCGACGCCCUGACAGCGGGGAUGUUCAGCAGGUUUGGAGCUGCAGAGUCCAUCCACAGCGACCAAGGCAGAAACUUUGAGUCCCGUGUGUUCGCCACCAUGUGUGAGAGGCUGGGUAUGCACAAGACCCGCACUACUCCUCUCCAUCCUCAAAGUGAUGGCCUUGUGGAGCGCUUCAACAAAACGCUUGGACAGCAGCUGGCCAUCGUCUCUUCCAAACACCAGCGUGACUGGGACCAAGCACCUGCCUAUGGUCCUCAUGGCAUGCCGCUCCGCUGUCCAAGACUCCACCUCCUGCACGCCUGCCCUCCUCAUGCUGGGGAGAGAGAUCCGCACCCCUGCGGAGAUGGCGUUUGGUCGGCCCCUGGAUAGCCCUCAUGUUCCUCCGGGGCCGGAGUAUGCCCGGAGACUCCAGGACCGCCUGGAGACAGCCCACACCUUCGCCAGAGAGCAGCUGGUGAAUGCAGGUGUGAGGCAGAAAAGGAACUAUGACGUGCACACCCGGGGAAGGCACUUUGUGGCUGGGGAGCUGGUCUGGGUCUACAGCCCCCUAAGGAAAAAAGGCAGAUGCCCCAAGUUGGACAGUCACUGGGUGGGACCCUGCAGUGUCCUGGAGAGGGUAGGGGAGGUUGUG